AUGGUCCGGUGUGUACGCUUGGACUCUGCGAUUAGACCGUGCUAAGACGCGCAAAACAGAUACAGCAAGCUCCCCUUCCGACUCGCCGCAAGAGAAUACGGCACAGACAUCACCUAUACUCCGAUGAUGCUGGCUCACGAGUUCAUUCGGUCUCAUAUUGCUCGUCACUCUGACUUCACUACUCACGAUCUUGAGCGAGCAGCCACUGCAGACGGCCGGCAGCAUGCCCUCAUUGCACAAUUUGCCUCCUCGGACCCGACCGAAUUCGCCAGAGCCGCAGAGGUGGUCGCGCCUUGGGUCGAUGGCGUUGACCUGAACUGUGGCUGUCCCCAGAGUUGGGCUUUCAAAGAAGGCAUUGGCUGCUCGCUUAUGGAAAACCCCGAACUGGUGGCAAGCCUUGUCAAAGCCGCGAAGGCGAGACUCGCCCCGGAGAAAAGUGUGAGCUGCAAGAUUCGCAUCCAUAAAGACCUGAAGUAGGAUUCCAAGCUUCUUUGCCAGAACUCUGAAGUGACUGACUGCUGCUUUAGCCAGACGAUCCGAUGGGUGCAGGUAUUGCAGGAGGCGGGCGUCGACUACAUCACCGUCCAUGGCCGUACGAGACACCAGCGCUCCAGCACACCGCCCGACUACGAGGCCAUCCGAAGACUCAGACCCCAUAUCCGCGUCCCGAUGAUUGCCAAUGGCGAUGCUUACACCUUGGCAGACGUCAAUCGAAUCGCAGCCGCAACCCAAGCAGAUGGUGUGAUGGCCGCAAGGGGCAUCUUAGAAAAUCCGGCCAUGUUCGAGGGAUCUGAUACUACAACCGGGCAGUGCAUCAGCAACUUCAUGACUUGGGCUGUAAGGUGCCCGAUACCUUUCCCGCUGAUCCUGCAUCAUAUCAGCGAGAUGAGCGGAAGGAUGCCCGGCAUGACGAAGAAGGACAGGAAGAUUCUAAUGGAUUGUAAGGACGUGCUUGAUCUACUGGACUUUGUGGAAGACAGGUGGAGUCUGGAAAGGCGAUAA